UGAUCGGCGAACGGAGCCGAGUUUUGCCGAGUAGGAACGAUCCCAGUCGGAAAGAAUCGAAUGACCGGUGCGCAUGCGUGCUUAAACUAUAUGCUUCCGGUGUAAUGUUACCGUGAAAGAAGAACAAGAGGGACAUAAUGGGCACCCCGUGGAGAAUGGCCCAUAUGUUGGCCACCAAACUGGCCCCUCUCCCAGGACCUGCCGCUUGCCAGGUUUGUCGGCAUGCCAGUCGAGACUCAUACGGGUGGAUGUCACAGAGGUAUCCUGAUUCUCAUCCAAAACAGACACAAAAGGAAGACAUGUUUGAAGAUGACCAUGAUAUGGAUGCAGUAGAAGCCAAAAUGAACUCUAUUAUUAGUGAAGAGAGGAGAAGGCAUAAAGCAGCAAAGUUUCACAUCAUCAAGAGGAAAAUGAACAAUCCUGGAGCCCCAGAGAGAAGACUCAGCUGGGAUGCUAUUCAGCAGAUUAGGUACUUAAAGCAGGAGUCCCCAGAGGAAUGGAAACUAGAGAGAUUAGCAGAGGGUUUCUCUGUAAGCCCUGAUGUUGUUUCCAGAGUCCUCCGCAGCAAAUUCACCCCAUCAGCAGUUCGAAAGCUAAAGCAGGACUCGAAAGUGUUAGCUAGUACUGGGCCGCAGUCUCUCAGAGAUGGCAAAACUGAACAGUACAGGCUGUCAAAGACUGCAACACCAGCCGUACUCCCCUCUGGAAACACAGGUGCCCUGACAGCAUUGAGUACAGGAGCGCUUGCAGUGAGGGAGACUGACACUGGACUCGUGCCCUCUGGUGGUAACAUAGUCCCAUCACAGCUAUCAGCUGAGCAGAAAGUGACUCCUGCUUUACAAGAGCAGCCUGACUCUACAGCUGAAAUGGACAUGAGGGAUGAUAUAGAGUUAGAGGAGGAAUGGGAUGGAGUGAUUCUGACAGAGGAAGAACUAGAGCACAUUGCAAAAACACUGAAGAAAAAGCCCAGUCCAGUGGAACAGAAGGGAAUAGAGUUUUUUGACAGUGAAGGCAACUUCCUUUAUAGAAUUUGAGUGGCUGCUAAGUCAUCCAUGUUUAUCAGAACACUUGUUGC